GGUGGUGGUGGGUGAGGGGGGGGGGGGUUCCCCUCAGGCGCCGCCGCCAUCUUCGCCCCUGGACGGAGAUGCGGCGGGGCCGGCCCGCGGUGCCGCUGCUGCUGCUCCUCCUGCUGCUGCUGCUGCUCGAGGGGCCCCGGCCCGGGGGGGCGGCCACGAAGGACCCCGACGAGGAGUGCCAGCAGCAGCCGCCCCAGGCCCGGAGAGCCACGUCCUGGAUCGUGGGGGGCCACGAGGCCCCGGAGGGCGCGUGGCCGUGGGUCGUGAGCCUGCAGGUCCUGCGAGGGGGCGUCCGCUUCAUCCACCUCUGCGGGGGGGUCCUGCUGAGCCGCAGGGCCGUGCUGACCGCCGGGCACUGCGUCGAGGGCAGGAGGAACCCGUGUUUCUGGAGAGCCGUCCUGGGCCUGCACAACCUGCACCGGCACGGCCCCCACACGGCCAAGAGGAGGAUCAGGAGGAUCCUGGUGCACUCGGAGUUCAAGAGCGAGACCUUUGAGAACGACGUGGCGCUGUUCGAGCUGAGCUCGGCCGUGCAGUCCAGCCUGCACAUCCAGCCCAUCUGCCUGCCCCCGGCGCCGCUGCAGCCCCAGCUGGAGAACAGCACAGACUGCUACGUCAGCGGCUGGGGCCGCACUGCUGAGAAGGGUAAAAUCUCCCCUGUGCUGAAGGAAGCCCGGGUGGAAAUCCUCCCUCCCAGCCUGUGCAACAGCUCUGAGGGCUACGCGGGGCUCAUGGACGACAGGGUGCUCUGUGCCGGCGCCUGGGCCGGGGGCACCGACACCUGCCAGGGCGACAGCGGGGGCCCCUUGGUGUGUUACCACCCCGACAGGUACUACCUGAUCGGCAUCGCCAGCUUCGGCGUCGGCUGCGGCCGCCCCAAAUACCCCGGGAUCUACGUCCGGCUGUCCCAGUACAGGGCAUGGAUCAAAUCAAAGCUUAAGCUGACCAGCAGGACUCCAAAACCCACGAGCACCACGCUCACCCUCCUCCUGACCGUGGCACACACGCUGCUCACACAGACCUUCUAGAGGGGCAAACCAUCGCGGAGCUCAGCCCCGCCCGGGCAAGCUUGGGAGAACCAGCUCCCUCCUGACUCCCAAUAAAUCCAAGAGCCAAAGGACGUGCACUGACUUUUUAGAGAGUUGUCUUUGCAAUUGUAUUUUUUUUUUUUUUUGGUUUCCUGCCUCUGAGAUCCACACUGACUGCACAGGAAACGGUAACAGCCUCGGCCCUGCUGAUGAAAAUCGAAUAUAGGGGUGUUAUCAGCUGGCAACACUUUCCUCCCGCCCUAUUUCGGCGCCUUUCCAGCCACCAGAAGGUUAAACAUGCUCGGUGAUGCCACCAGGGCUUGUGGAUGGCAGAUGCUCCCUCUGCUGGGUAAGCACAGCAGAGCACACAAAGGUUUUAAUUAACCACCUAAUCAACCAAA